CCUGAGUAAGAACAAAAGAACAAUUACGUUCUACAACAUUCGGAUUAGAAUGGUCAAACUUUUUUUACAACAUAAACCUGUGAUGAAGCUUCUCAAGCUGUGUACAUGGAAUUCACUGGGUAAUCAAUGUAGCAUUUCUGGGGUUUUCAGCGCUUUGUUCUACUCCACUCAGACUGAGACCGAGACCGGGACUUCCUCAUCGUCUUCAAGGGACACUCUGUAUGGUAGGCUUUUACAGUUCGGAAACCCUAGGGUUUCAAUUGUACCAAUGGGUCGGUGAAGGAAGACCUGUCGGGCAAUCAAACCUUCAGGUUCUCAGCAGGCAGCUCAGAAAAUCCAAACGUUACAAUCACGCUCUCGAGUUGAAAUGUGUCCCUACUUAGCACCCAGUCAGAGUCCUGUAAAGCUGGACAUAGCUUCUUCAGUUCCUCCAGUUCGUUUGGUGCUAUGGAGAUUUGGUUGGAAAGGAAUUCUACAAUGUUUGAGAGAAAAUCAGAUAAUGUCAAGGCUUUGUAGGAUAGAAUUUGUUAUUUGGCUUCCCUUUGGGCUUCUUUGCUCCUAGUAAAUGGACCUAUCAUGAACCGGCAGCCAAUCUCAGUUGGAAACAUCACCCCUACUACUGUCAAAGUUACAGCAAACAUUGGAAGCACUUAUCGUGAUAUCAAUAUUGAGUCAGCUGCUGUAUUUGUUGCUCUUGCACCCUGGCAUGUUCAACAGCAGGUAUCUGAAUGGAUGAGCCAUAAAAGAUAUCUUGACUUGUUACCUGGAGAUGUUGCGAUUCAGUUGGAUUUGAUAUCAGAAGUUCAUGGUGUAGAACAAGCAGAGAAGUAUUUCAGUAACAUUCCUAUCACUUUGAGAGGCUUGCAGGUCGAUGGUGCUCUUUUAAACUGUUACGCCCAUGAAAAAUCUUUGGAGAAAGCAGAGGCAAUCAUGCAGAAGAUGACAGACCUGGGAUUCAAUAUAACAUCACUGCAGUACAAUGUGAUGCUUAAGCUCUAUGCUGACAUGGGAAAGCAUGAAAAACUAGAUUCCCACAUGCAAGAGAUGGAAGAGAAAGGCGUUACAGGUAACAAUUUCACAUUCAAUACCCGCUUAGAUGCGUAUGCAAUUGCUUCUGAUAUUGAAGGAAUGGAGAAGCUUCUGAUGAAGAUGGAAGCUGAUGUCACUGUGGACUGGGAUGCAUAUGUCGUGGCGGCAAAUUGGUACUUGAGAGCUGGUAUGGUAGAAAAGGCUUUACCAAUGGUAAAGAAAUCAGAGCGACUUGUUAGGGUAAGAUGAGAAGUAUGAGGUUCUACUCACUCUGUAUGCUAGUAUGGGGAACAAGGAUGAAGUGUAUAGUAUAUGGAAUUUGUACAAGAAAAUUGGAAAAAUAUACAGUAUGGGCUACCUUAGUAUGAUAAGCUCACUAGUGAAGUUAGAUGACCUUGAUGGUGCGGAAAAGAUAUGGGAGGAGUGGAACAAGAAAACAUCUUUUGAUUAUCGAAUUCCAAACUUUCUCAUCAAUGCUUAUUGCAAGACGGGCCUUUUAGGAAAUGCUGAAUCAAUUGUAAAUAGGCUGAUAGAGAGUGGUAUCAAGCCCCAUGCAAGAAUAUGGCAGCGCUUGGCAGCUGGAUAUCAUGAUGAUGAUCAAAUUUGAAAGGCAGUGGAGAUGAUGACGAAAGCACUCGCGGCGCGUCAUUCUAGGUGGAAGCCAAACCUUCCUACUCUGGCAGCAUGUGUGGAAUAUUUGAAAGGAAAGGGAAGCGUAGAAGUAGCAGAGGAGUUGAUAGAAUUAUUAAGGGAAAAGGAUGUUGUACCGUCGGAGGUUUGUGAAAGAUUAGUAAAUUACAUAGAAAGUGGAAAUCCAGCAUCCGGAGCACUUGAUCUCAUCAUGGGAGGCGAUGAUCAGGCUCUGAAGGGAGAAAGAGGCAUGCGAGUUGAAAUGUGAGAGAGUAUUAGCUGAAUUGUGUUAAAAGCUUUGGCUAUUUGUGAACUAUUUAGUUGUAUUGACCUAUUGGUUGCUUGCAUCUGAGUCUUGUCAACUGAUUUUUAGGUUUAAUUCAGUUUUCCAUAGCAGAUUUAAUUAUAACAGCCUCCUAAGCAUGAGUUGAGAGAGUCGCUCUCAAAAUUACGUUUCAGUGGCAAUAUAUAUCAAUACUGCGUUCAGAUAAUUUGAUAGUAAUUGUCAAAAAACAUGUGCCAAAAGUGGAUUGCGUGGUUAUAUCUUCCUCCCUAUUUCUGGACCAUUUGAUGAUCUUGAAGAAGAACAGGAAACCAAAAUCCUCUGGCCUAGCAGAUUAUUUUAUUUUUUAAAACAAGAUAAUGGUGUAAGGAAUAUAUUAAUUCAACCAGCAACUACAUUCUACACUUCAACUAAAUCAAACAUAGGUUCCAUUCAAAUAGAAUCAGUUAUGUGAA